AUGUCCUUCCUACCCAAUCUAGCAGGAAUCAACUACGUACCCGGACCCAACACCACCACCGACCUUCCCGGUUCAGCUACAGCCCCCACAGCCCAGACAUCAGGCUUCGUCCAAGCUGGUGAUGCACCCCAAUCUCAGCAGGUUGGUACCAGUGGUGGACCAGGCCUGGGUUCAAGUCCAUUAGUACCCAAACCUGGAACCUCCACUGACACUCAAACUGGUAAACCCCAUUCGGAAGGUAUCACUUUAGAAGAACUUCAAGCCAAGAGAGCAGCGGAGGCAGCAGCGAUUACUGCUCAACUUUCAUCUUCCACUUCGGCAGAGUUAAACGAUCAAGUCUCUUUGCCUUCUGGUGGAGGUGGUUUAGGAAGUUCACCAUUGGUUCCUAAACCCGGUACGUCGAUCAACGCCCAAACUGGUCAAUUACAUUCCGAGGGAAUAACCAAAGAGGAACUCCAAGCGAGAAGGGCAGCAGAACAAGCCGCGUUAACUGCGAACGUAUCUUCAGCCACUUCAGCCAAACCUGAAGAGAUUAGUCAAGAUGAAUUAAAGCAGAUUCAGGAGAAGGGUAAAGAAUUGUUAGAUCCUACACCUCAUCAUCAACAGGCUAGAAGAGGAUCAACGUCUGGAGCACCUCCUUCCGACUUACCGGGACACUCUACUGCUCUCACUGCCGAUGGAAGGAGAUUGAGCGAUUUGUCGGGAAGAGAACAAGCCGCUAGACAAUUGGCUGGGAAUGCUAUUCCUAUACAUCCUGCCAAUCAAAGACAAGAUUCAGGUUUGAGUACUCCAGGACAAGAACUACCUGGUGGUUGGGGAUCUACACAAACUGUUCCACUCCCCGGUACAGCUCCCAAUGCGCCAACCUCAUUAUACCACGACAUAGCGGAAGGUCUCGAUUCAGUCGGGAGAGCAGCUUUCAACGUCAUUCCCACACCAAUCAAAGAUGCUUUCUCUGCGUCACCCACUUCUCCUAAAUCGUCUUCUGCUCAGUUGGGCGUCUCUCCACCUCAAGGUAGAAGAUCCAGUGUAACUGCUCUGUUCGAUCAGGCUAAAGACAAAGCGUCAAGAUUGGUUGAAGAUGCUCAAGGAACUUUACAAAAUACUCAACGACGAGCAUCAGCUUCGCUCAGUAGAGAUUCAGAACUGCGAACCAAAAUCUCGGGUUUCGUAGAUAACUUCGCAGCUGCAAGCCCAGCUUUCGUAGCUGCCGGUCCAGGUCGUCAAAUUCCUGUAGCCAUUGUUCCUCGAUACUCCUUACCCUCGGAAGAACCUGCUGGUGCCUUACCCGGAGAGCACACUUCGGGUGUAGGUGCUUUACCUGGUUCGAGCAAUGAGCGAGGUGUAGCUGUUUUGCCCGACGAGAAGAAAGCUCCACUCAGCUUGCCUUCAGAAGAGAACCAAGGUAUUCUUCCUGGUGAGACUUCCGGUGGUAUCGGUGCUCUACCUGGUCAAAUUGGAGAAAGUGGUGUAGCCGUUCUUCCAGACGAACGAGCUACCAAUGCAUACCAAGAGCUCAAACCUGCUUCUUCCUCUGCCGGACCAUCCGGUACUUCAGGACUUGCUGGACCCUCCGGAACAACUUCGAAGGAUCUUCCAGCUGGUUCAGGCAGUGCUGGUCCUUCCGGUACAUCUACCGAGUCAACUUUCCGAGGUGCAUCAUCCGGUUUGAGCUACGCUGGCCUCGCUCCUGCUCUCCCUUCUACCUCUCUCGGACUCGGUGGUGAUAAAGGUGCGACCGACGUUCCAGCUACACUCGGUCCUUCAUCUUCCAAUGCCAACAGCCUCACUACGGCACCUGAACCUACUUCUACUGUGGAGAGUGGAUCCACUCCCGCUACCUCCACACUCUCACCUGCUACAGCUACCACCGCCCCUGCCUCCAUCGAAUCUUCCGAUGGAGUUUCAUCAGCUUUGGCUGUUCCUGAGACUCGACAUGCCAACGAACGAACAAGCUCUGCCGCUUCUGUCACAGCUAUAAGACACGGACAUGAAGGCUCAGUAAGCAAGAUCUCGCCUCUGGCUGGUGAUGGAAUUACUGUUCCAGAACAUGAAGAAUUAGAUACCACUUCUACUUCUGCUGGAUUAGGACAGAAGUCGACCACGCCCGGUACAGGACCUAGUCAUACUACUUCAUUGACACCUGGAAACGAACAUGAAGGUAUUGGACACCCCGCGACUAGAGGAUCGGAAGGUACGGAAAGAAACCCUGGAUCAUACCCUGCUGUGAAUGGUGGAGAUGAUAAGUUGCCAGAAGAAAAGAAGAAGGCUGAAGCGAUCGUUGAUGCUCCUGCUCAAGAAUCUGACUUGACCAAGAAUAAAGUAAACACUGAAACACCUGCCAAUGGGCCUACUCAAAAUGCUGUUAAAGACACAACUCCGACUGAGAAGCCGGUAGCAGGCUCUACUACUUCGAAGGAUUCGUCGAUACCCCACCCUACUUCUGUUGAUGAAGCUAAAGAUAUCGCUGGUGUGAAUGGAGCUAGCCCUGCCACGCCAGCUUCGAAGUCUACCACCACUCCAUCUUCUCCAAGUAUCAAGACUACACCUACUACAGCAGCUGCAACUGGCAAUGGUACCGGAAAGACGAGCGGUGAUGGGCAUUCGAGAAAAGGAAGUACGAGCAGCGAGAAGAAGAGGGGAUUGUUUGGUAAGAUCAAAGAUAAAUUGAAGCAUUAA